AUGAGCUAUGCGACCCGAGCAUGCUCUCAACUACCAGCCGCCGCGGCUUUUCGACGGCUAGCUGCCUGUGGUAGAAGCGUCCCUAAUUCAUAUACCGUCCAUCAUCACCAGUUCCCGGCCAUCCAUAACCCGGACGCAUGGCGGUUAUGCGCUUCCCACCCCGGCUCUCGGAGCUUCACGUCUUCACUUCGUCGGACGAAGGACCUUAUCCACGAUGAGACCGCGCUUGAAACCAACAAGAGAGACCAACAAAUGCACGAGAAAGAGGUCGAGGCAGGCAUACAAGAAGCUACGAAGCAGCAAAUCAAGCGGCCAUGGCAGAGAGAGGGUGCAGACAAGCCACCCGUCGAUCAAGAGCAUCGUAACCUGAACAAGACGAUGACCAAAGGAAAGCUCUUAACUACCCCGACCAGACUUCUGAAAUUAAUUCUGCCGCUUCCUGUCGACGCCACACACGAUGAGAAUGGCAACAGGGGCGAGUUCCGUUCCCUCGCGCAGAACGAAGACAUCCAACCCCUGGCACUCCUCGUGCACCCCCACCAACCGCUCUCCUAUCUAGAGCGCCUAAUCCAGGCCGAGCUUCCCACCGUUCACGACAAGGAGGGCCACGAGAAAUUGCCUAGUGUACACUUCCUCGCCGAAGGUUCGGAGCGCGACGAGGAGGGACAGAGAAAAGACAAGGGCAACUCUAACGUCGCGUCGUACUCAGGACUUGGGCACGAGGGCGAGAACACUCCCUCUAAGCACAAAGACUGGGUUCGCUGGUCAGGUAGCACCGAGAUUGGGGACUUCAUUCGCGACGCCGCGCGCGGGCGCGAGUUCUUGAUACAUGUCGACGGGCUCAACACCGAAAUGCGCGUCGAUGUGCCGAGCUUUAACGACCGCACGCACUACAUGCGACUACGACUUCGGCGAAUGUCAAGCAAAGUCGAGCAAUUGUCUAAAAUCAAGCAAGAAUGCGACUUGUUGGCGCACCGUGGUGCCCAUCGGUUAGCGCAGGCGGGUUUCGCUGCGUUAUCCGGCUGGUGGGCUACCGUGUACUACGUCACUUUCCACACGGACGCAGGCUGGGAUCUCGUAGAGCCAGUGACCUACCUCGCAGGUCUGACUACGAUCAUGGGCGGUUACCUGUGGUUUCUGUUCAUCAGCCGCGACCUGAGCUACCAGGCAGCGCUAAAGAUCACCGUCUCGAGACGUCAGAACAUCCUGUACCAGGCACGCGGGUUCGAGCCGCAGAAGUGGGAGGCCCUCGUGCACGACGCCAACGCGUUGCGCAGGGAGAUCUGGAUUGUGGCGGAAGAAUACGACGUAGACUGGGACGAGACGAAGGAUCUCGGCGGCACCGAGGUUAAGGAAACCUAUACAGUCCAGCCCGUCUUUGGAGGGCUGUUCUUCAAGAGUAAUGAGCUCAACGUUCACCCAACGCCAUUCCCUGCAGGUUGGACAAUAGCAUUGCACACUGAAGAUACCAUGGACCAUGAUUCACAGGUCCGUGUUGCUGAGGAUGGUGACGGGGGCUUUACUUCUCCCCAAAGCCACUCGCACCGUUUCCGCCAGCCUACUUUGCAAAAUGACACCAUUUUCAUAUCAUCUAUCUCUAACCCUUCCAGCCGCGAGUAUAAACCCCACGCAAGCCCGACCCGGCAGGUCGCAUUGAUGCUGUGGAUAUCUCUAUACUGGUAUUUUCAGCAGCCAGAGCCCUCGCCCUAUAUUGAUAGUGAGCAAACCAAGGCAGCUCCUCUUGAAGCUAAGCCGAAGGGUGAUUGGCGUAUCAGGAUUAAGCGCGAGGGUAUAUUUCACGGCAAAAACAUGAUUCCAAAGCUGGAGAGAAUGGGCCUCAUAACGAGCUCCGAUACUUCUGUGGGCUGUGGACUUGACGACCAGGAACAGGGAUGGGACCAGAUGUUUGUCACUCGGCGUAUGUUCUGGCAGGUUCAUAGCGGAAUCUUCCUUUUCACAUUGCAGCCUCUGAAAACACAGUACCAAUCUUAUCCCACAUCGCCAGCUGCGAGUAGGCCGACCUCACCCGUGCCACAUGAAGGCUCCCAGAGACCGACCUCUCCCACUCCCCUGGGAUGUCUACCCAGUAUUCUGACAGCAGACAUGCCUGGCGGUCCGGUACCGACCACAAUGGCAUCCGCACCAGCUUUUCCUGUUGGCCCCUAUUACUCUUCUUCCCACCUGCCAACAUACUAUCCACCACCACCUCUUCAAUACGUCAUUACGAAUAACAUACGACACCCACGUAGACAGAAGCCGUCCCGCAUGGGAGAAACGUUCUACGCACGUUUUAUUCCCAGCGUCGGAAAAUAUAUGUCUUUCAGGGUAGCAUCACUUUCAACAGGUCCCGUCCCCCAUGUAGGACCGGUCGGCCAGGGCGAGAUGGAUAAGGAAAGCGCGCACCUCUGCACUUUAUCAGAUCGCUCACUACUACAUCGCUGGCUGUCAAAACCACGCGUAUCUGCAUUUUGGGGUGGAUAUCACGAUAAUUUUCUUCCAGAUGCGCUAAAGUCCAAGCAUUCGUUCCCAGCUAUCGGACUGUGGGAUGGGGUCCCUUUCGGCUAUUUCGAGCUCUACUGGGUCAAGGAGGACCAGCUAGGUCGGUUCAUGGGCAACGAUGCCGAUGGGUUUGACCGGGGAAUGCAUGUCCUGGUUGGCGAGGAGUGGGCGAGAGGGAAAGUCUCUUCGUGGCUCUCGAGUCUCAUCCAUUGGUGCUUGCAGGCAGAUAACCGCACGAUGAAUGUCUACUUAGAACCGAGAGUAGACAAUACGAGAUUCAUCGACCAUCUUCAGAACGCGGGCUUCGCGAAGGAGAAGCAAGUCGCGUUGCCACAUAAGCAAGCAUGGCUCUGUCGAUUGAGGAGAGAUUCUUGGGAAGGGCCGGCCUUGUGA